UUUGCGAGGAACCGGAGGGGAACGGGGCGCAUGGUGCCUAGCGGGACGGGGACACGGGACCGUGCAUGGGGACCGAGGAAGCGACGCCUCCGCUGCACCCCACCACUCUGAAGAGUUGAGGGGAGGAGACGUGGAGGGAUGGUCCGGAUGUAGAGGAAGAAGCUGUCUCGUCAAGGUGGCGGUGGAUGUGGAUCCCUUCUGGCUUGGAACUUCGAAUGACGGACACCUCCAGGAAACAAUGAAGGGAGACAGCAGACAUCUGAAUGAGGAAGAGGGAGCCAGUGGGUGUGAGGACUCUGUCAUCGUCAACGGGAACUGCAGUGACCAGUCCUCAGACACUAAGGAUGCCCCCUCACCCCCCGUCUUGGAGGCGAUCUGCACAGAGGCAGUCAGCACACCAGAGAGCCGAGGCCGCAGAUCAAGCUCACGGCUGUCAAAGAGGGAGGUCUCCAGCCUGCUGUCUUACACUCAGGACUCAGCAGGAGAUGGAGAUGGUGAGGCAGAGGAUGGGGACGGCUCUGACAUUGUAAUGCCAAAGCUCACGCGUGAGACCAAGGAGCCCAGGUCACCCUCUGAAAGUCCAGCGGUGCGAACCCGAAAUAGCAACAGUACCUCCAGCCUGGAGAGGCAAAGAGCCUCCCCUAGAAUCACCCGAGGCCGCCAGGGCCGCCACCAUGUGCAGGAGUACCCCGUGGAGUUCCCAGCUACCAGGUCUCGGAGACGCCGAGCAUCGUCUUCAGCAAGCACACCAUGGCCAUCCCCUGCCAGCCCGUACCCCAGCAUUGACCUCAUAGAAGAAGUGACACCUCAGAGCAGCAGCACCCCAUCGAUUGACCUGAGCCGGGACAGCCCGCAGGAGAGCAUGGAUGCUACACAGCUGGAUGCAGAUAGCAAAGACGGAGACAGCACGGAGUAUCAGGAUGAUAAGGAGUUUGGAAUAGGUGACCUCGUGUGGGGAAAAAUCAAGGGCUUCUCCUGGUGGCCUGCCAUGGUGGUAUCCUGGAAAGCUACCUCCAAGCGCCAGGCCAUGCCCGGCAUGCGAUGGGUACAGUGGUUUGGUGACGGCAAGUUUUCUGAGGUCUCAGCUGACAAACUCAUGGCUCUGGGGCUGUUCAGCCAGCACUUUAACCUGGCCACCUUCAAUAAGCUGGUGUCUUAUAGGAAGGCCAUGUACCACACUCUGGAGAGAGCCAGGGUGCGAGCUGGCAAGACCUUUCCCAGCAGCCCGGGAGACUCGCUGGAGGACCAGCUGAAGCCCAUGCUGGAGUGGGCCCAUGGGGGCUUCAAGCCCACUGGCAUCGAGGGCCUCAAACCAAACAACAAACAACCAGUGGUUAAUAAGUCGAAGGUGCGUCGGGCAGGCAGUAGGAACUUAGAACCCAGGAGACACGAGAACAAAGGUCGAAGACGCACCACCAAUGACUCUGCCGCUUCUGAGUACUGUCCCACACCCAAGCGCCUCAAGACAAACAGCUGCGGAGGGAAAGACCGAGGGGAGGAUGACGAGAGCCGAGUCUUUCUCUUAGACCGCUGUUUGUCCUGCGGUAGGAAGAACCCUGUGUCCUUCCAUCCCCUCUUUGAGGGUGGGCUCUGUCAGAGUUGCCGGGAUCGCUUCCUGGAGCUCUUCUACAUGUAUGAUGAGGACGGCUAUCAGUCCUACUGCACCGUGUGCUGCGAGGGCCGGGAGCUGCUUCUCUGCAGCAACACCAGCUGCUGCAGGUGCUUCUGUGUGGAGUGUCUGGAGGUGCUGGUGGGGACAGGGACAGCGGAGGAUGCCAAGCUGAAGGAACCCUGGAGCUGCUAUAUGUGCAUCCCACAGCGCUGCCAUGGUGUCCUCAGGCGCAGGAAGGAUUGGAACAUGCGCCUGCAAGACUUCUUCACGACUGAUCCUGACCUCGAAGAAUUUGAGCCGCCCAAGUUGUACCCAGCAAUUCCCGCAGCCAGGAGGAGGCCCAUUAGAGUCCUGUCCCUGUUUGAUGGAAUUGCGACAGGGUACUUGGUGCUCAAAGAGUUGGGUAUCAAAGUGGAAAAGUACGUCGCCUCCGAAGUCUGUUCCGAGUCCAUCGCUGUGGGAACCGUUAAGCAUGAAGGCCAUAUCAAAUACGUGGAUGACGUCAGGAAAAUCACAAAGAAAAAUGUAAGGGUGACCUUUUUCCUGGACCUGCUAGCUUUCCUAAGCCUAGGCUUCCAGAACACAGCUGUUCUUGGUGUGCUGGGGACAUGGGCCCUUCUAACCUUGUGUCUUUUCACUCUGUGCUCUCCCAGGAUCUUCGGCUUUCCUGCCCACUACACUGACGUCUCCAACAUGGGCCGUGGCGCCCGCCAGAAGCUGCUGGGAAGGUCCUGGAGUGUGCCAGUCAUCAGACAUCUCUUUGCCCCCUUGAAGGACUACUUUGCAUGUGAAUAGUUCUACCCAGGACUGGGGUGCUCUUGGUGGGGGCCAGGUCCCCAGAGUCACCCUCUCCCUGAAGGCACCUCACCCCUCCCCUUCCUCACUCAGCUCACCUGUUUGGGGCCUCACCUCACUGUGUACCUCAGCUUUCUCCUGUUCAGUGGGAGCAGAGCCUCCUGGCCCUUGCAGGGAGCUCAAGGUGCUCCCUCCAUGUGCACAGCUCAGACCUGGCUGCUUAGAGUAGCCCGACACGGUGCUCAUGUUUUCUUAUCUUGAAACUUGAAAACUUGAAGUAGAUAGUAAUAGGGCUUUUUUCCCCUCCUGGGUUAAUCAGUCAGAAGUGUUGGCUAAGAUACCAAAAUCAUAGCUCUCCCAGUACUCAGGUUAAUGCUGCAAAAUCACUUCAGGUUUGUUUUUAAAUAACCUGUGCUCCACAUUUAUUUACUAGAGGACGCUAGUGCCAUGUGGGCUCAGAUGAACAAGGUCAAGGGGCCAGAAAUGUUUUUGUUUUUUGUUUUUUAAUUUUCCCUAGGGCUAGUAGAAGAUGAAAAGGUUUAUGACUUAGGUCUUACUGGCACCUUCCCCUUGCUUUGGUGCAAGGGCUGGAGUCCUUUUGGUCUUGUAGCAUUUCCCAGUAUGAUGAUGAUGUCAGCAGGGAUGACAUCAUCAUCACAUUCAGGGCUAUUUCCCCCAAGAUUCCCUGGGCAGGGGCCCAUGUAGCUAAUCCUCAAGAAGACUGGAAUAGACUGUUUUGAGCUCAGGGAGGGGGGUGGCCCCUCUUUCAUGUGUGAGGGACAUGAAGGAGGGAGUUUAGCUAAACUUUUUCCCCAUUCCCUCUCUCCAAAUGAUGGAGCCUCCUCCCCCACAGCUCAGGUCUCCAGAGAAGUAUGAUCCUCUAAUACUAGGGCCAGAAGCACAUCAUUUUCCCUUAUCUGAGAGAUGAUGGCGAAACCACAGUGAGAAACUUGGAUCCUCUGGAGAUUUUUAAAACCGUUUUACCCCAUGAUCCAUUGUGUUUUUAAGGGGCAUUCUUUUUUAGGGACAUCACUGGAGAUGAGAAAAGCUGCAUUUCAGAAAUGCUAUCUCAAUGGUUUUUAACACCUUUUACUCUGAUUACUGGUGCUAUUUUGUAGAAAAAGGACAACCUUGUCGCACUGGGGGGCUUUUUAUACACUUUUUACGACUCUCAGACUUCUAUUUUCAUGGUUAACAUUUUCAUUAAAGGUUUUUUUAUUAUUAUUUUUUUAUUUUGGUAAUGGAGCAGUGUCACAAGUGUGGGGAAACUGCCUUGUUUCAACAGUUUUGUCUCCUGCUUUUUAAGUUUUAGGCAGAAAGCUAACAGAUGCCUAGAAUUUUCCUUCCUGUUUGAUUAAAGUUGUAUUUCUCUAA